AUGCAAAACUCACCGACGGUCGUCCCAGCUCCACCGCCGCGCCCCAGCGUUCUCCCCUUCCCGCCGCCCUCCCCGUUCGAAGGCUCCCCCAACUCCGCCUUCCAGAUCACCGUCCUCCCCUUGCCACCACCGCCGCCGUUUGCCACUUCUCCUAGCUCAGUUGAUCUCUCCCCACUCGAGUUCCUCCUCGCGCUACUCGCCGUCGUGACCAUCCCGGCACUAAUCUACACCUUCAUCUUCGCCUUCGGCUGCCCCUCGCGCAGCCGCCGCCGGGAGCCCUCCGCGGGCGCGCCAUCAGUCGCGUCGGAAGCAUCCCUCCACGACGUUGAACUCGCCGCCUCCGCCGGCGGCGUGAAGUACCGGAAAGAAGCACACGCGAAGGAGAUUGGUGGCGAGUGCCCGGUGUGUCUGUCGGUGUUCGCCGACGGCGAAGAAGUCCGGCAGCUGAGCGCGUGCAAACACUCGUUUCACGCGUCUUGCAUUGACUUGUGGCUUAAUAACCACUCCAAUUGCCCGAUUUGUCGUGCCACCAUCGCGGUCGCCGCCACCAAACCCAACGGUGAUUCGAACGAGAGUCACCGUGAGCGUGACGAAUCUAUGGUUUGA